AUGGCCGAGGCAACAAUUAGCCAGAGUCAGGCCACAGCGGCGCCAACUAUACAAGCCGCAUCGCCUCCGGUCCAAGAUGAAGCCAGCCCGCCAGCCAAUACGCCGGUAGUUGCUAACGAUGUGACUGUUGAGGCAGACGAAGUAGAGACUACAGAUGAUGCGUCGACGAUUGAUGAGAGAAUCUCGAAUUACACUGCAUCUCUUUCCUCAAGCGUGAUUGAUUAUCCAGUAGAGUAUGGUCGACGAUACCAUGCUUUCCGGCCGGGUUCUUAUAUCAUGCCGAACGAUGAAGCCGAGAUGGAAAGACUUGACAUGACGCAUGCUAUGAUGGUCAAGGCAAUCAAAAACAGGCUGUUCCUUGCCCCGCUCGAAAAAGAAAAGAUUCAGCGGAUUCUUGACGUCGGUACUGGCACUGGUAUCUGGGCUGUCGAAAUUGGCGACAUCUUCGAGAACGCAGAGGUUAUCGGCGUGGAUCUGAGCGCUAUACAGCCGUCUUGGGUUCCCUCCAACGUGAGAUUUGAGAUUGAUGAUGUUGAAAGCCCCUGGAUCCAUCAGAAAAAAUACGACUUCAUCUUUUGCCGGGUUAUGGCUGCAUCGAUUGCCGACUGGCCCAAAUUGGUCAAAAACAUUUACGAUCACCUGAACCCAGGAGGCUGGGCCGAGUUCCACGAGAUGGACCCCGAGAUUUACUCGGAUGAUGGCACUUACACCAAAGAGCAUGCAACUUGGCCUUGGAAUCAGACAUUCUUGAGGACGAUGAAGAGCAUCGGGCGGGAUCCCUGUCCUGGCCCGAAGCUGGAAGGGUGGGUGACGGAGACUGGGUUUGAAAACAUUUUUCACCAACGGUUCAAAGCCCCCCUCGGCCCCUGGCCCAAGGAGCCCCAUUAUAAAGACUUGGGUAUGCUCAACUUGGCCCAAAUGCUUGAUGGUCUCGAAGGGUUCACUCUGAGAGUCUUUUGUGGGGUCCUUGGCCGUACCAAGGAAGAGGUGCUGGUAGAGACAGCCGAAGUGCGCAAGGAGAUGAAGGAGGGCGCCUACCACGGCAUUUAUGACCUGUGA